CAUCAUCAUAGUAGUAACAUCAAACACAACUACAAAAGAUUAAUGAGUGGUGCUGGGAACAUGUCUGAUAAUAAGGAUCCGGGUAUCAUGCUCUUUGGCAUGAAGAUUCCUUUGCCGGAAUUUCAGAUUCCAGCCAGCUCUCAAAUGGGUUGUCAAAUUCAGGCAAACUUUGCAGCCAUGAAUUCUUGCAGCAACCUGAAGAAGACAGAAGUAGAAACUCAAUCUGCUCAAAACUCUGAGCAAGAAAAGAAUACUUGCGGAUCAAGCUACAGCAAACAAGAAUCCAAGAACACUGAGGAAGGAAAUGAGGAGAGUAGUAACACAGAUCAAGAAAGAAGUUUCAAGAAGCCAGAAAAGAUUCUUCAGUGUCCACGCUGCAACAGCUUGGAGACAAAGUUUUGUUAUUUCAACAACUACAAUGUCAAUCAACCGCGGCACUUCUGCAAGAACUGUCAAAGAUAUUGGACUGCUGGUGGCACGAUGAGGAAUGUUCCGGUCGGAGCCGGAAGGCGGAAGAAUAAGCAUCUGGCCUCUCAAUUCAGACACAUAAUAGUAUCGGAGGGAACUCCGGCCGCAAGGUUAGAACCAAGAGAAGAUUCAUCUGGUAACAAUGGUUCUGUAUUGAAAUUUGGUCCAGAUGUUCCUCUCUGUGAAUCCAUGGAGUCAAUGCUUAGUCUUCGAGAUCAGAAGCCAAAUGUUGAUGCAGCAAGCUCAGCGAAUUCUUAUUUUCAAAAUGAAUCGUUAGAACAAAAGUGUUACUCUAUUCCUCAAUUUUCUUGGAAUCCGGGUUGGAAUAAUGGUGGUUCUCCGGUGCCUUUGACUUUUCCGGCAACGAUGAGGGGAGUUCCAACCAUUUCGCCACCGAAUAUUCCGUUGCAAUUUGUUCCUGGAAGUUUCUGGAACAGAACACAAGUGUGGCCUUCACAAACCGCCGCAGUUUCAAUAGGAUCCAACGGUUGUCUUUCACCCUCUUCCUCUACUACAAGUAACAGUUGCUGCUCCGGCAAUGGCUCUCCGACGCUCGGAAAACACACCAGAGAUAGUAAUGUCUUCAUUGACGACGAGAAAUCGGAGAUAUGUGUUUUGGUUCCAAAGACACUUAGAAUUGAUGGCCCAAAUGAGGCUUCAAGAAAGCACUUGUAUGAAUCAGAAAAUGGUGUUUCGAAAAAGGUCGAACAAAAAGGACAAGGCAAAGAGCGUGUAUUAGGUGUGUCUCAAAUCUUGGAAGCUAACCCUGCAGCAGUUUCUCGUGUUCAUGCAUUUCAAGAGAGCACACAAUGAGUUCCAGCUUUCAUUCAGCUGCGUU